AAUUUUUUCCUUACAUUCACCUGUAAUACCCAAGACUUAAGAAUUAAAAUUUUUUUUCUAAAUAUUUUAAAAUGAAAAUAAUAAUUAUCUUCGUUACACUUUUGGUUGUAAAUCAAGUGAUUGGUUCAUCGAUUGAAACUAAAAAUGAGACGGUUUUAUUAUUGGUGCGAAGCUUGAGUUCACAGUUGUAUGAUUUUUUAGAGUAUGAUUUAAGAGAAAUUAUGAGAUAUGGCAGUCCAGUUUUCGAUCCUUACGAACAGAGUCAACAAAAUUUUCAAUACAAUGAUAAUAAACUUUCAUUUAAAGGUACGUUUGAUGACUUUAGUGUAGAGAAUUUGUCAUACUAUAAUGUAAAAAAAGCAGACGUAGGUUUUUGGACACGUAAAGUUGAUGUUGAUUUAUAUUUUCCUUCAAUACUUUCUAGAGGAUAUUAUGAUGUUAAUUUUUAUUAUGGCAGUACUCCUUAUGUUGGAAAAGGACAAUACAAAGUGAAUCUAAAAGGUUUGCAAAUCUAUAUUGAAGCGUGGCUUUCCAUUUGGGGUGGACUUCAUGUCACAUAUCUCAAUACCUAUUUGUCCUUAGAGUAUUUUGAGUUUUCAGGGUCCAACAAAUUAUUAGACCAAAAUAACACAUUAAUUUGGAAUCAGAAAAUAUCUAAACUGGUACCAAAGAUAAUAAAAGAAGAUCACAAUGAAUUGGCAUCAUAUAUUUCAAAAAAAUUAAUUGUUUUUAUAAAUCAAAAUCUCUGAAAAAAAUUUACUAUC